CAAGAUACUGGUGGCAGAGCACAGUUCCAGGUGGCCAGCCAAACGUUGGUAGCCAGCGAAAAAAAAAGACCGUCCCUGUUUUGCUCCCUUUCCUCUCUUUGCUGGCUGCUAUCCACGUUGGGAUCUCGAAUUCACCUUCGAUUUCGUAGCAUAGGACAAGGCCUCUUUCUCAGGCCGCCCUGCUUCGUCUUCCUCUGUCGCAGGAUGAUCUAAUAGCUGCGAGUUCUUGGUGGCAUUUUCAAAGGAAAAAAAAGCGCAAUUGAAAUAAAGUUUCACCACACGUAACCUAAGCGAGGAGCCGAUGGCAAGCACUGAUGAUCCGAAGAAAGAGGCAUCAUCUUGGUCCAUUUUUAAUUGGACAAAUAAAGCAGAGUCGGAGGUCGAGCAACCGAGAAUGAGAAGCACCCAGGAGAUCCUCACGCAAUAUAAGUUCAACGGGGAUGCUGCCGCGGCAGCGGCGCACGCAAAAGACAUGCUCAUGGAGCGGCAGGAGAAACUCGCGAAAAUAACCCAAGAAUCCGCAGAGUUUGAGAGCGAGGCGGAAAACUUUGCCACCCUCGCCCAGCAGAUCACGAAGUCCCUGGAGGCCAAGAGGUGGUGGUGGCCAUCGUGAUUCGUAAAACCAAUCGGCCGGUCGUCGGUCGAACGAUGUGAUGUGAUGUGAUGUGAUGUACUCUGAUCUAAACGCUUUUAUAUUUCUUUACGGAGGAAGUACUAGUAAUACCAAUGCCUUUCGCGUGCCUGGCUGCUGUACUGCUCUGCGCGUGCUAAAUGAGAGACCAAGACGUUAAUGAUUGUGGACGGAAGGAUACAUAUAUCUACUUUUUUAAUCAUAUAUAUAUACAUACUCCGUAUAUGAA